GCCAAGUUGGCAACUCUAAUUUGAAGCAGCUGUUGAAAAAAAGCAGAAAGGGAAUAAUUACAUAAAAAAAACACACUGGCCGGCUUUUUAGACGACUUCCCGAAGCUACGGUAGAAAAUUGAUCCCGCGGAGAGCCAUCGGGAUUGGGGAACUCAUCAAUGAAAGUAUGAGUGAUUACCAAUAUCUGGACGUCAAGCUUAAACUCCGUGAUCCUGAAUCAGGCACUUUAAAUCAGGUAUUUUUAUACGGCUGUAUCUACAAAUCUCUGGAGAGUAUCUUUGGCGAAAUUGGUGGCCAGACGGAUUUGGAACUUCUGAAACUCAGUGCUGACCAUCGACGUUUCCUUGUCCGGAUUCCCGCAGAUUUUCUGGAGCGAGUUCGUAUCGCUAUUGCUCUGAUUGGUCAAUACCAGGGGGUGCCCUGUCAUUUUCAAGUUCUCGAAACUUCCGCGACACCUUUGGACCUGGAGUAACCUCUUACAUAGCAUUUAAGAUGUCUUACUGCAAGCAAUAUGGCAAGGAUAAGGUGUGCUUCGUCACCAAGGAGGACCAUUCAACGCCCAGCACCAUCGAGCUACCGCCACCGGAACAGCCAGAAGGUGUGAUAACCAAGGACGGCAACAUCAACUGGAGUUGCCCCUGUUUGGGCGGCAUGGCCACCGGUCCCUGUGGCGUCGACUUCCGCGAAGCCUUCUCCUGUUUCCAGUAUAGCAAGGCCGAUCCUAAGGGCUCUGAUUGCUACGAUGCAUUUACCAAGAUGCGUGACUGUUUCCAGAAGUAUCCCACCGUGUACAACAAGUCUGGUGGCGAGGAUGACGACGAAGACGGAAUGGGAGGUGCACUGGGCGACGGUGGGGAUGGUGACAAGAACGCAGACCCACUGGCCGAUGCUCCUCCUGAGCCCACAGAGGUGAUGGCAGGACCCAAUAGUAGCUCUGUAGUGGCUAAGAAUUAGGUGGGAAUAGUUUCGCGUUAAAGUUAUUUAAACGAUAAGGGCUAGGUGUGACUUCGUAAAAAAUAAAUAAACCUUGUCAUAGUUACCAUA